UGAGGAGCGUGCGCUCGCAUGCUUGCGCUCCGUUACUCCGGCUGUCGGUAAUGACCUUUUACUCCUCGUGUAAUGUCUCAGUGGUGAGGGAUUGGGUUUGAAGAUAAAGCUAGGCUUCACUAUUCCUCGUUCCUCACUCACAGAUGGACAAGUUGUUCUGAUCCCUCUCAGAAUACCCAAUAUAUGACGGCUGACGGCUCGCGCGAGAACACCUGUAGCUUUUGGUGCGAACAACUACUCGUAGAUGAUCCAUGUGGAUCUCAUUAUUUUCAACCUGAAGAUCAUUCUUAUCCGCGGUGCAAUGUCAGAUUCGUGAACUUUUGCUUCGAGGAAUAUUGAGUUGGAGUCUGCUCGACGGUGCUCUAUCCUAAGUUAUCCUUCUGCAUAACUUGGUCAAGAAGGUAUACAAAUGCUCUCCGUCCAGCCGGACACCAAGCCAAAGGGCUGUGCCGGCUGCAACCGGAAAAUCAAGGACCGUUACCUGCUGAAGGCCUUGGACAAGUACUGGCACGAAGACUGCCUCAAGUGUGCCUGCUGUGAUUGCAGGCUUGGCGAGGUGGGCUCCACACUCUACACCAAAGCCAAUCUCAUCCUCUGUCGGAGAGACUACCUACGGUUGUUUGGUGUGACGGGAAAUUGUGCAGCAUGCAGUAAACUCAUCCCAGCAUUCGAGAUGGUCAUGAGAGCCAAGGAGAAUGUUUAUCACCUGGACUGCUUUGCCUGCCAGCUGUGUAACCAGAGGUUUUGCGUCGGAGACAAAUUCUUCCUGAAGAACAACAUGAUCUUGUGCCAGACAGACUAUGAGGAAGGGCUGAUGAAGGAAGGCUAUGCGCCACAGGUCCGCUAACCGCCCUUUGACCAUGAGGGAAGAGAGCUGAGAGAGAACCUGAAGGGGACAUGCAAUCAGACACAAAAAGCACUAGUGUCCUCUCUAGCUCCUGUCCCCAAUCACAUUGUAUAUAUAAAGACCCCAGAUAAGCGACGGUACUGUACAGAUUAGCCAUAGAGACGUUUUUUGUGGGAGAAAUUUUAGGAGCUCUCGGGAAAGUGGUCACGGACUUUGACUGUGGUCUUAAUGACUCUACCUGAUGGCCUUAUGAAGACUGUCAUCUCAAUGGCCUAACUUUUGUGAACAUACACACACACACAAACCCACACAAAUACAGCCCCACUCCAAGGCCCCUGUCCAAAUCACAAUUGCCAUUUCAACUUUCUAUACAGGGUGAGGAGCACAGAGUUUAAUAAAAUAUAGAAAAUAAACUAGAUAUUUAUUGGUGAAAAGGCAUGAACAAGUUUGCAAGGAAAAAGGGAGCCAUGUCAACGCAAGAUCUCAGGUUGAAUGGGUUUCCUCAUUUUCUUUUCUAUCACUAUUUCCUUACUUUUUUCCUUUCUCUUAACAGCCACAGCCAGCCAUCCUUACACUUUAAUUUUUAAGACAGUGCUCAGCUCUCCAGGGUUUUAACUCUUCCAACAGGUUUCCCACGGUCAUGGAAAACUGGGAAAUAUCAGAGAAUUUUAAAAGUGUGAUUUCAUGGCCUGGAAAACUCAUGGAAAUGUCUAUGUGAAUAUAGAUUUUUGUAGUUAUUCACAGUUCUAAAUUAUUUAUUUGGCUAGAAAUUGCUCUAUAUGUACCAAUAUCUUUGGUAACACUUUAUAAGGUUGUAUUUGUUAACAUAAACUAACAAUUAAAUACUUUUACCUCAGUUGUAUACAUUAACAUUAAUGCAAUAUGAACAUACAUUAACAAUGAAAAAAAUUGCAUUUCUAUAAAUUAACCAAAGUAUGAUUAACAAAUGCUGUAAAAAAUAUAUUGUUCGUUGCUAGUUCAUGGCACCUAAUGCACUUACUGAUCUUAACAAAUAGAACCAAUUUUUUUUAAUUUAUUUUUUUUAUUAUUAUUAUCUAGGAAUCACAAAUGAUUGGAAAAAUCAUGUAAUUUCAUUGGUCAAAAGGUGCAGGAACCCAACUGUUAGCAGAUCUUUUGGCUUUGACCGAGUCAUCAUCAACAUCUAGUGAUGUGAUUUCAUUAGUGAGAUUGUUCAUAUUUUGCAAAACUUCUAUAACCCUGUUUUAUACCUUAAAGGCCCUAGUGGUCAAAAGAGAACACUAAAAACAUUUGGGUUUGGCACAUAUGUGAUGGGGUUUGGUGGGGUUGGCGGGCUGGAAAAACAAGGGGGGUUACUUUCUUCACUGUAUUUAUUUAAUAGGCUUUUUGUCAUUGCGCGUAAUUCCAAGGCUCUGUCCCUGACAUGUUUAUACCUGAAGUUAAUAACUGCAAAGUCGCCAAGUGUCUACUCUCCAGACGUGAUGAGUAUCAGUUUCUGAAUGUUGUAUUUUUUGUGCGGCCAGUGUUGAUCAGCUGGCAUAUUCCUCUUUAAAACACAAUCAGGUCGCAUAAACUGUAGGCAUUAACAGAACACCUGAAUGCCUGGUCUUUUCCAGGUUUUGUUUACAAGGCAACGCUCAAGCGCAAGAAAAUCAAAACUGUAGCCUACUACAUUCAAGUGUUAUUCCUUGAUAAUCCUUUUAUGGGUUGUGUUUACCCUUUUGAAACUGAGGGCAUAGCCUAGAGAAAAUAUGAGGACAAACUUAAUUUGUAUAUGGUGGUUGUACAUAAUAAAACAAAAAAUAAAAAAAUAUUCCUUUUUGCUUGCUAUUGUAUAUGGAUUUUCUUUUUAUGUGUUAUCCAGCAUGAGAUGUUUAUUUUUAGGACUGUACAUACUGUAUUGUAAUCAU